AACGAGAAGCCUCACAGUCACUGAUCAGAAUGGUCUCAGCGGUCAGAAUCCCCAAACCAUGUUUCUGGGGCCCGGGAACCAGCGCGCAGUCGGACGCUCCCCCGGUGUCGGUGGGGAGACUGAGGUCCAGAGCCCCGUGCUCCAGCGCCAGCGAGGCAGAAAGCGAGGGGGAGCGCCCAGCCUUCCCAGCCGCCCGGCGCCGGGGCCGCCUCCGCCCGCCCCCCACGCUGGGUCCCUCCGCCUCGAUUUUGCCCUCGCGGCGCCGUCAGCUCGGGAGCCAGUCAUGGUGGUCGCACUGGUGGCGGCGUGGCUGCUCCUGUCGGCCGCGGCCUGCGCGCAGCGGGAUCAGGACUUCUACGACUUCAAGGCGGUCAACAUCCGGGGCAAGUUGGUGUCGCUGGAGAAGUACCGCGGCUCGGUGUCCCUGGUGGUGAAUGUGGCUAGCGAGUGCGGCUUCACGGACCAGCACUACCGAGCCUUGCAGCAGCUGCAGCGGGACCUGGGGCCCCACCACUUCAAUGUGCUUGCCUUCCCCUGCAACCAGUUCGGCCAGCAGGAGCCCGACAGUAACAAGGAGAUCGAGAGCUUCGCCCGCCGCACCUACAGUGUUUCUUUCCCCAUGUUUAGCAAGGUCGCAGUCACUGGCACCGGUGCCCACCCUGCCUUCAAGUACCUGAUCCAGACUUCUGGGAAGGAGCCCACCUGGAACUUCUGGAAGUACCUAGUGGCCCCAGAUGGAAAGGUAGUCGGGGCUUGGGACCCAACUGUGUCGGUGGAGGAGAUCAGGCCCCAGAUCACGGCACUUGUGAGGAAGCUCAUCCUGAAGAAGCGAGAAGACUUAUAACCACUUUCUCUCCUCUCCCCCAUCCUCCCACCCCUGCCAUCCUCCACCUUGAAUGGGUGACCAAAGCAAAUUCAGUGGUGCUCAGU